CGAGGAGCUCAUUUGCCGACGCCACCAUGCGUGCCCUGCGGCUGCUCUUCCUGUGCGCGCUGCUGCUCGCCGCGACGCUGCUGUGCUGUACCCACGCCUCCGAUGCCGAUGCCGACGCCGACGCCCCCAACACGCCGGAGCCCACGUCCAGCGCCAGCGCGCGGGACAACGACCCCACCAUCCAGCAGGUGCGCGGCCUGCGCAACGCCGGCAUGAAGCUCAACGACGCCAAAGACUUCACGGGCGCCAUCGAGAAGCUGCGCGGCGCCAUCACGCUGCUGCACGAGCGCGUGUUUGGCGAGGGCCGCCACGCCGUGUCGGACCCGGCCGAGAUCUCGCAGGACGCGGCGCUGUACGCGCAGAUCCUGAACGACUACGGGUCCGUGCUCAUCCGCGCCAAGCAGUACGACGAGGCCAUCGAGGUGCUCGAGGACUCGGUGGCCAUGGUGGACAAGAUCUACGGGGACAGCCACCCGUCGCUGGGCCUGUCGCUGCGCAGCCUGGCGGACGCCUACAUGGCCAAGGAGAAGUACCAGAAGGCUAUUAACAAGUACAAGACGCUGCGCAAACAUGUCAAAAAGGGGCUGGGAGUGACCCACGAAGCGUACAUUGAGGCGUCGUUGAGGAUCGCAGAGGGGUACAAGAAGCUGGGCAAGAAGAAGAAGAACCUCAAGGUGCUGAAGGACGCUGUGAAGGCCCAGGGAGGCGAGAUCAAUGGACUCACCACGGGUAUCGCCGAGCUGUAUAUGGAGCUGUCCACGGCUCACGUGGCGGUGAACGAGAUCGACGACGCAUUGAGAGCGGCGGAGACGGCGAGCGCUGUUUUCUUGCAGAGAGACGGAGAGGACACGCUCACGUACGCCUUCAGCUUGAACGCGCUGGCGGGCGUCAAGAUGCGCCAGAAGAAGGUGGACGACGCCAUUGAACUGCUCGAGCGCGCGCACAAGAUCGCGGUCAAGAUUUACGGAGACAACGACCCCAUUACGCAGGCCAGCGCCAAGACCCUGAGGGAGGUGAAGGAGUACAAACUGGACUUGCACGCGCAGAAGGACGAGCUUUAG